UUUUUUUCGAUCGCAAUAAAUCGAAGUUAAAACAAACAGAUUUCCCAUGAACGAUUGCGCAGUCUACGCAAAAUGAUCAGAAUAAGUCAGUUACGAUUCCUGUUGCGCGCAUUUCCUGUUGUGGCAACUGAAGGUGUUCCGCAACUAUUGCCGGCUGCCAGAACAGUGAGUCCGAAACUGCUUCCACUUUCGGCUAUCGCGUGUCAUCAGCAACAGCAAGUUCGCAACUAUGCUAAAAGCAAAGACCGGAAAAAGGAAAAUAAAGGCACCGCUAAGGUUACUAUCAACGAAGAACAGCUGGCCGAAGUUAUCGAUGUUGCGAGUCUGCGAGCUCAGAUGGAGAAAACCCUCAGCACGAUGCAGGAGGAUUACAUUAAAAACCUGUCCCUUCGUUCGGCUACCGGAGCUAUCGAAACAUUGAAAGUCACACAUGAAGGAAAGGACUACCAACUGCAGGAGCUCGCCCAGGUCGUUAGGAAGAAUCCUAAAACAGUGGUGGUGAAUCUGGUAUCGUUUCCACAAACAAUCCCAGCUGUCCUGCAGGCGAUCCAGAAAAGUGGAAUGAAUCUUAACCCUCAGCAAGACGGAACAACACUGUUUAUUCCGGUGCCGAAGGUAACCCGAGAACACCGUGAAGGACUGGUCAAGAACGCCAAAACGUUGUUCGUCAAAUGUCGGGACGCGGUAAAGGACGCGCAGAAUCAAACGAUUAAGAAGGUCAAGAAACAGGCGAAUAUUUCCGAGGAUUUGAGCUUCCAGGUGCAAGCUCAAGUAACGGCCAUUGCCAAUGGGUACAUUAAAGAAGCGGAAAAGAUGAUGGAAAUUAAACAAGCAGAAUUGUUGGGAGAUAAAUAGUCGAAAGUUGUACAAUAGAUUACACGUGUUCAAUAAAAU